AUGGAGAUAUUUAGAAACAAAUAUUUAGUUGAAAAGAUAUUUCGACAUGUUAAAGAGAUAGGAAAGCAACUAUAUCUCGUCAAUGUACCAUCACAUCGUUAUGUAUCACAUGUCUUAUCAAACAGACGUCCUUUAAUUAAAUACAUUGAUUGGAAGUCAAUGUCAGAGAUAUGUAAAGCGGGUUACCAUGGUUUAGUGUUGGAUAGAUUAAAGAUGGGUACUCAUUUGGAUCUAUUAGACUUUGGAACAACAAUAGCUGUUAGAGACUUUUUCUCAACGAUUGGUCUAAACUGUUUGGCUAUCUACAUCUUGGAUCAACUGUAUAUUCUUAGACCUCUUUGGUUCACUCUCUUGAACGACACCAUUCUACAAUCUAUUUGCAAAAGUGGUAGUAAUCUACAUGUUGUAAAGCAUGUCUUUGAAACUUACCAUCAACCAUAUAUUGAAAGAUUAAUACUUCAAGAAGAAGAAGAAGAGUCUAAUAACAACAAUAAUAAUAAUAAGAAGAAAAAUACAAAAGAUAAAAAGAAAAAGAGUAGUAGUAGUGGUAGUAUGAUUGAACAACAAAAACCAGUUCAAGAACUACAAUCAGAUUUGGUAGCUAGUGCAGUACUUGGUAAUCAACCAGAUGUAGUUGAAUAUUUGGUUGUUGAAAAAGGAAUCAACCCAAGUUGUCUAUCAACCAUCGUUGGUAAUGCAAUGACUCUACUCUCACCAAAAUCAAUAGAAGAAGACUGUGGAUCAUCAUCAUUAUCAUCGAAGGAUGAUCCAUUUAAAAUGUACAAUACAAUCAACAAAAUAUUUGGUCAACAAGCAGUAACAGACAUUAUCAAUACUCCAAAUCAUUUCACUGUCAUUAAUUUAAAGAUACCAGAAUUAUUAACAAAAAGAUAUGAAAAAAGGAUUGCAUUUAAUAAUGUAAUUCAAUCUAUCACUUGGAUGGAUUUCCCAACCAUCCAUCAAUUCCUAUUACACUUUUUACAAUUUUAUUUUGAUCAACAAGAAAGAAAUAUUAUUUUAAAUUUUUUAAUCAAUCAUAAUAAUAAUAUAGAUAAUAAUAUAGAUAAUAACAAUGAUAAUAGUAAUCAGCUAAAAAUAGAAGAAAUAAUUUAUAAUAUAAUAAUAAUAUUAAAAUUAACAUGUAAUAAUAUAUUUCGUCAAGAAGCAUUAAGAUUUAUCAUUUCAUUUGUUGAAAGAUGUUUGAAAGUUGACAAAUCGGUUAAAUUGAUUCCAUUUUACCUAUCAAUGGCAACAGUUGAUAAUGUUGUCAAUAUUGCUACUGGACAAUUAAAUAUACCAACAAUAGACAACCCACAAUUGAUAGAUACGACGAAUAAUCCACUCUUUCAAUUGGUUCCAGGGGUCUUGGUCACGAUUUUUACGUAUGGUACAACUGAACAAGCACUAUCGACAUUGGAAAGAUGUGUAGUGACAAAUACCUAUAUUGGACCAGUAGCAUUACUAGCAGCAUUUUCUAGAAAGGAUAUUGAUGUUGUCAGUGCCAUUCUAAAGUAUGAUGGUCAAUAUACUAUAUUAGGCCCAACACCCAAAACUGCUUCACCACGUACAUUGGAAAUGAUGCAACUUGUAUAUAAAACCUACAAAACACUUAAAUGGGUACGACCAAAUAACGAUUGGACUGUUGAUAUGUACAAAAUGGCGUUGGACAUGUACGAGGUCAAUCAAGAUCCAGAAGAUUCACUGCAACUCGUCAUUGGUAUUGUUUUAACUGAAAACGAUCAAUUGUUUGACCAGAUGCUUGGAGUGUUUAAAACACUACCGGAUUGUUUGACCGAUUGGAUAUACACAUCUGGUCGUCCAUCUAGAUUUUUCGAUAAACUAAUGGACCGAGGUGAAUUGGUUAGAUCACAUGCCAUCAUCUUUGCCGUGGCAAAGUCGGGUGACCUUGAAACCUAUGAAAGGUUAAAAAAGGAUCGUUUUGCUUUUCAAAAUUACCUCAACAUUGGUAUAUUUAACUCGACAUGUGCAAGAGAUGCAUUGGCAGAGGGACAAAUAGAUCUGUUUGCCCAUAUAUUAAGCACUCGCAAUACACCAGACAUUGCAGAAUAUUCACAUUAUUGCAACAACGUCAAAGCAUGGAAUUACUAUCAAACAAAUUUCACCAAUGAUUUUAAACCAAUGAUCCACAGUAUCAUGAUCAAUACCAUUAAACAAGGGUCUCCUGAAAUAUUAGACUAUCUCAUUCAAUUGGACCCCAAAACAAACCUUCAAAUAUUAAACAAGAUUCUAAAAAAAAAAGGUCUUGUCAAUCUCGACUUGGUUGGUCGAUUAAUGAAACAUCAUUUAUCCACCAAAAACUUUUAA